GGUCACAGCGGGAACAGAAAGGGGUGACUUGGCUUUGCAGAGAGGAAGGGCACCUUUGGUUUUUCUGAAAGUCUGGGAAGGAGAUAAAGCCACAGACCCAAGCAUGUUGGAACAGGAUUGGUCAGCUAUCCAGAAUUUCUGUGACCAGGUGAACACUGAUCCCAAUGGCCCAACCCAAGCACCCUGGCUCCUGGCCCACAAGAUCCAGUCUCCACAGGAGAAAGAAGCUCUUUAUGCCUUAACGGUGCUUGAGAUGUGUGUGAACCACUGUGGAGAGAAGUUCCACAACGAGGUGGCCAAGUUCCGCUUCCUGAAUGAGCUGAUCAAAGUAUUGUCCCCCAAGUACCUAGGAUCCUGGACCACAGAAAAGGUUAAAGGAAGAAUCAUUGAAAUACUCUUUAGUUGGACGGUCUGGUUUCCAGAAGACAUCAAGAUCCGAGAUGCUUAUCAGAUGCUGAAGAAACAGGGAAUCAUAAAGCAAGACCCUAAACUACCAGUGGAUAAAAUCUUGCCCCCACCUUCUCCCUGGCCCAAGAGCUCGAUCUUUGAUGCUGAUGAAGAAAAGUCAAAGCUUCUGACAAGGCUUCUAAAGAGCAACCACCCUGAGGAUCUUCAGGCUGCAAACCGGCUGAUAAAGAAUUUGGUCAAGGAGGAACAAGAAAAAUCAGAGAAGGUGUCCAAGAGAGUCAGUGCUGUGGAGGAAGUACGGAGCCAUGUGGAGGUGCUACAGGAAAUGCUGGCCAUGUACCGCAGACCAGGCCAGGCCCCGCCAGACCAGGAGGCCUUGCAGGUUGUGUAUGAAAGGUGUGAGAAGCUGCGGCCCACCCUGUUCCGGCUGGCGAGUGACACUGCUGACGACGACGAUGCGCUCGCGGAGAUUCUCCAGGCAAAUGACCUCCUCACCCAGGGAGUCCUCCUGUAUAAACAAGUGAUGGAGGGCCGCGUCAUCUUUGGGAACACAGUGACCAGCUUGGUGGGAGACAUACCUGUCUCCAGAGUCUUUCAGAAUCCAACAGGCAGCAUGAAGAGCUGCUCCCUGAUUGACUUGGAGGAGGACAACAGAUCUGAGCAGGCUGGGACUGGAGCACCAUCUUUACUCCAUCAGGACCUGGCGGCCUUAGGACUCAGCGAUGCUCCAGUUACCAACAAGGUUGCCAGUCAGAAUUGCUGUAAGGAAAAGAGGAAUCCCACUGCCAGCGCACUGCCGGGUGGUGGUGUUCAGAGCCCUUCUGCAGAACGGAACUUGCUGGAUCUCGACUCCCGGCAGCCUUCUCGGGGCCCUCUGAAUUACAUUCCACAGAAAAGUAUCCCGAAGGAUGUGCCACCAGGUACUAAGUCCUCUCCAGGUUGGUCCUGGGAAGCUGGCCCGUUGACUUCUUCCCCAUCUUCCCAGAAUACACCUCUGGCUCAAGUGUUUGUCCCUUUGGAGUCUGUUAAGCCCAGCAGCCUGCCUCCUGUGACCGUGUAUGACCGCAAUGGGUUCCGGAUCCUGCUCCACUUCUCCCAGACAGCGGCCCCUGGCUGCCCAGAGGUGCAGGUGCUGCUGCUGACCAUGAUGAGCACUGCCGCCCAGCCUGUCUGGGACAUUAUGUUUCAGGUGGCUGUGCCCAAGUCAAUGAGAGUGAAGCUGCAGCCAGCAUCCAGUUCCAAGCUUCCUGCCUUCAGCCCCUUGCUGCCUCCAGCUGUGAUCUCUCAGAUGCUGCUGCUUGACAAUCCACACAAAGAGCCCAUCCGUUUACGGUAUAAGCUGACAUUCAACCAAGGCGGACAGCCUUUCAGUGAAGUUGGAGAAGUGAAAGACUUUCCUGACCUGGCGGUCUUGGGUGCGGCCUAACUUUUCAUGGCAGACCCUGCCAUUCAAGCUUAGGGCAGCAUUACUUUUGCUGUCCAGAUGGGACUAAUCACAGUGAUUUUGUGCAGAGUGCCAAGAGUCCUAUCCUGACAUCAGGCUCUGGAUUCCAACCUGUGACUUAUUCUGGAGAGAGAGAGAGAGAGAGAGAGAGUGAGAGAGUGUGUGUCUGUGUGUGUGUGUGGUGUCGUGGGGGUGGGGCAUUGAGGGGAAUGAAAAACAGGGCGUGGGAAUGGGCAGUGUGAGAAAUGCUGAGCAUUCCUGAGAGCCAUCUGCUACAGUCAUGCUGUUUCUGCCUGUUGGCGGGCACAUGUCCCUCCUCAGGUUGGAGGUUUUAUAAGCCAAAGCUGUUUCCAUGUAUUGUCGUCUUUUCAUUCAUCCACCCUGUGCCUUGUCAGCCUUUGAAAGUCUAGGUUGCUCCCAGGCUGCUGUUCUCAGGGACCUGAAAAGGGACCUGGUUGGUCUUGGGGCAGAGAGUGUCUUGUGGGGCCCUCUCUUCCAAGAAAGACCUUGUCUCCAUUUUCCAUUCGCAAAUGCUGCUUGCGUGUGUUUGAGAUCUUCUAAAUGGAAUGCUUGUUGCACUGCUUACCAGGCAAGGGGCUGCCGCUAGACCAGAGGACCACACUUAGUGGGCCAAUCAUGUCCUUCACCACUGUGCCUUAGAAUCACCCAUAGACGGACCUUCUAGGGCAGAGGGGAAGCAGAUCCCAGGCCUUCCUCAGGCAUCAGGUUCUGUGGGCUGGGCAGCCUGUCUGGGGGCCCUUACUCAGGACCCUUCUCUCCAUCCUCACCUCUGUCCACAAGCAUUUACUGAACUCUCUGACUGUGACACCAUGCCAGCCACUGUAAUAAUACUGAACAGGCUCACCCUUGCCUGUUGACUUCACAAUCCAGGAAGAAAAACUGUGAUGCACAUAGAUGUGAAAAGAGCUUAGCAGUGAUCUAAAUGGCAACUAAACAUAGACAGUCAUUGAAUAAAAUCUCAUGUAGCAAAUA